CUUCUACGCCUCGUUGAGUUUUUGACAUAGCGACUUACCUACUGAUCCAAAGCCUUACCGCAUUAAUAUUUUUUACUUAUUACAAUAUUACUGAUUUUCUUUUUCAUCAUAACAGGACAUCUGCGGUCUCCUACCAAAACAUCCGUUGAUUCUCUGUCACCCUGCUGCGGUCCUCGCGCGCACCCGCUCCUAUAGGUGGAAGUGCGUGAGAUUUUAGUACGUGCAGACUGCAGGACCCAGAACUGCCAAACUGUUUGAAGUAGAGAGCUUCCUCUCGUCCGGUACGCCCAUGGAAGGCGACGUUAUGGAUAAACUGGAGGACAUGGCCUCAGUGUGCGGGUUCGACCCUAUCACGGGGAAUAUUCCCGCCACCAAAGUGGAGAUCACCGUCUCCUGCAGAAACCUGCUAGAUCGAGACACAUUCUCAAAGUCAGAUCCUUUGUGUAUUCUUUACACUCAGGGAGCGGAGUCUAAGCAGUGGCGUGAGUUUGGGAGAACUGAAGUUAUCGACAACACACUGAACCCGGACUUUGUGAGAAAGUACAUCCUGGACUAUUUCUUUGAGGAGAAGCAGAAUCUGCGCUUUGACAUAUAUGACAUUGACUCCAAAAGUCCUGAUUUAGCCAAACACCCCUCCGAUUUAAACGACUUUCUGGGUCAGACUUUCUGCACUUUGGGUGAGAUUGUGGGUUCACCAGGCAGUCAUCUGGAAAAGCCUCUGGGUGGCAUUCCUGGGAAGAACUGUGGUACAAUUAUUCUCACAGCCGAGGAACUAGGAAACUGCAGGGACUGUGCCACAAUGCAGUUUUGUGCCAAUAAACUGGAUAAGAAAGACUUCUUUGGCCGUUCUGACCCUUUCAUGGUGUUCUACAGAAGUAAUGAGGACGGAACGUUCACUAUCUGCCAUAAGACAGAGGUGGUAAAGAAUACGCUGAACCCUGUUUGGCAGCCAUUCACCAUCCCUAUCAGAGCACUCUGCAAUGGAGACUAUGACAGGUCAAUUAAAGUGGAGGUAUAUGACUGGGACAGAGAUGGCAGCCAUGAUUUUAUCGGGGAGUUCACCACCAGCUACAGAGAGCUUUCACGUGGUCAGAGUCAAUUCAACGUAUAUGAGGUGGUGAAUUCCAAAAAGAAACUAAAAAAGAGGAGAUACAGCAACUCUGGCACUGUGACACUGCUUUCAUUCUCUGUGGAGGCCGAACACACAUUCCUGGAUUACAUCAAAGCAGGCACUCAGAUCCAUUUCACAGUGGCCAUUGAUUUCACUGCUUCCAAUGGGAACCCUUCUCAAUCCACCUCCCUCCACUACAUGAACCCAUAUCAGAUGAACGCAUAUGCCAUGGCAUUGAAGGCUGUUGGCGAGAUCAUUCAGGACUAUGACAGCGAUAAGAUGUUUCCGGCUCUGGGCUUCGGAGCCAAACUUCCUCCUGAUGGAAGGGUUUCCCAUGAAUUUCCCCUGAAUGCUAAUGUAGAAAACCCAUACUGCAACGGGAUGGAGGGCAUCUUGGAGGCUUACCACCAGAGUCUAAAGACUGUCCAGCUUUAUGGACCCACCAAUUUUGCUCCUGUCAUCAAUAGCGUAGCAAGGUAUGCUGCAGCAGUACAAGAUGGCUCUCAGUAUUUCGUACUUCUCAUAAUCACAGAUGGUGUGAUAUCAGACAUGGCUCAGACGAAAGAAGCCAUCGUCAAUGCGGCUAAAUUACCUAUGUCCAUCAUUAUUGUUGGAGUUGGCCAGGCAGAGUUUGAUGCCAUGGUAGAGCUGGAUGGUGAUGACGUGAGAAUAUCCUCUAGAGGAAAGCUAGCGGAGAGGGACAUUGUACAGUUUGUACCAUUCAGAGAUUACAUGGACAGGACAGGGAACCAUGUCCUCAGCAUGGCACGGCUUGCCAAGGAUGUCCUGGCUGAGAUACCAGAUCAGUUAAUCUUAUACAUGAAGUCAAGGGGCAUCAAACCCAACCAGCCACCACCGGAAUACAGCCCACCUGGGCUAAGUCCAACCUCCACCAAAUGAGUUUGCCCUGCCGGCUCUGGACUACAGAAAACAGGCAGUAAUUGCUUGUUAUGUCACCUCCAAAUGGAUCUCAUUCAAAACCAACACGAAGGAUUCGGUACCUGCUGUCCAGAAGAGUGGAGGGUUAAUUUCUCAAUAUAUGGAUCUCGUACACUGGAGGAAUGAUUAACUUUAUAUCAGUGUUCUGGACUUUGGACAGAAAAAGAUGGUUCUUAUGGGUUUAUUUUCCCAUGAUAUCGUUGCUAAUUAGCUAGCGUUAUAAGCACAGAUUUAUAUAAGUAAAGCUGGAUCAAUAUCAUUCUGAAUCUGACUGCACUAGUUAUAUGGAGAAGAUUUCCUCAUGCAAUGGCAAUUAACAUCUAAAUAACAACUAUACAACAAAAGGUGAUUUUUGUGUGUUAGAACGUGAGGACUGUGUGUCUAUUAAGGGGCAUUCAUCUCUAAUUAUUUGUUACCCAUCAGAGGAGGUAAACAUUAAAGAUUGUUGUUAGGAAAUAUGAUAAAAUAGCAGUGGAGCUAUUUUAAAUGAUUUAUUGUGGGUAAUCUUGUGGAAUGGUUUGGUUUGUUUUUAUUUGUAGAUAGUUUGUGUUUUUGGUGUUUUUAUUUUUUCACAGGUUUUUGGGUCUUAUUUUUCUUAUAGUACAAGUAUAAUAGUACAAAAUAAUAUUUCCCAUUGUGGUUUCUCAUUUAUAGCUUUUUAGAUCUGUGAGAAACAAGUUUUUUUUUAUUGUAAAUCCAGGUCAAAGCAAUUGUACAGCAUAUUGUAUUCUUUGUAUUUACAUACUAUAGAUGAAAUCAGUUGUUAAAGAUCUGUUGAGAGAGUUUGAAAGAGAAGCACAUAUAUUCUUAAUACUCCAAAAUUUGAAAACAAUGCGAAUCAGACACAGUUCGCAAAUACAGUCAUUACUGUACAGACUGAUUUUUCAGGUGCAAACAGUUUAAGAAUGCCAGAAUGACUUCUCAGCAAGGUUUAAAUUGGCUCUCUGCUCCCUUAAUGCUCUGGAGCCAGUAUAUCUUGAUAUUCUGCAGCAGCAGCUUUGGAUGCACACAGACCAUCAGAGAAGACGUUUGAGAUGCUUCACUGCUCACUGGCAGCCUAUAGAUGAUUGGAGAUGAUGCAAAGAAGGAGAGGGGGUUGUCUGUUGUUUUUUCUCAUAGUAGCAGCCGAGGUACAAUGAAUGACUCACCUGGUGCCCAUGUCCUGCCCUGCUGAACCUUUGCCCUCACAUGCUCUGUAUUCUCUUUGGAGUUUAUUCUCCCUUUUCUAAUAUUCCGUUUGACAGGGAUAAUUUGGAUGGUUUCAAAAGAUUCACUUUGCAUGAAUUAACUGCUGGGAGUAUAAACAUAAUAUGUUUGUUUUUUUACUAUGUUCAAGCCUUGGAUAUUAUAGCAUUGACAUAAUAAUUAAACGUGGUUCAUUGAUAUACUGGCCUUACAUAAGUUUACAUUAAGGUAUUAUUUACCUUUUUCUAU